AUGCAGGCGCUCUCGAGAAGGGAAGAGACCGAGGUCAUCGCCAUAGCUCGCGAUCUGGCUCAUAAGGCAUGUGACGAUGUAGUCAAAGACUUCGCAAUGUGCUCUGCCGGACGCACCGUCUCCAUGCCCUUCAUGUGCCGCACUCAAAUCAAGAACAUGAACACUUGUCUCAAGAACUAUAUGUCGGAGGAGCGACUCGACUCGCUCAAGCUCGAUUAUAUCGCAGAGCGGAGCGAGAAGGGACGGGCGGCGGUGGAGAAGUUGAGGAAUGAACGGUCGGGGUAUCUGGUCAAGGCGUAUAGGAAGGGCAAGGCGGAUGGGGUGGACGGCGGGGCUCUAGUCGGAGAGGAGCCAGCGAGGGCUGUAUAG